AUGGCUGGAGUGUCGGCCGUCUCCGCCGUUUCUACCGUCUUUUCGGUUUCCGGCAUGUCCAACAUGGCGACGAUUAAUCCUGUUGUGCGUGCCACCGCAUGCAACGGUCCCAUCUCUUUUACGCUGGACACCGGUCGUCUGCAGCGCAACAGCCAGCGCGGGCAAAGAAGCGCCGUCCCUCCUACUGCGGGCGCUUUCCUCCCAUCGCCGCCUUCCCUGUCCGCCCUUGUGUCUGCUUCUCCAGGUUCACUGUGGAGGGCCGGCCGCGCACAAGUGGCAGCAGCAGCAGCCACAGCGGAGGCAGAGACAGAGGAGGUGCCGGUGCCGGUGGUGGUGAUAGACAACCACUCGGAGGCCAAUGCCACGGUGGUGCAGCUUGAGUUUGGUGACCGGCUGGGGGCUCUCAUGGACACGAUGGCGGCGCUGCGCAGCCUGGGGCUGAACGUGGUGAAGGGACGCGUGACCACCGCAGGCACCGUUGCUCGCAACACCUUCACCAUCACACAGGAGGGAGGCAAGGUGGAGAGUGCGGAGAUGAUAGAGGCCAUUCGAGGCACCAUCAUCGCCAACCUCCUCAAGUACCACCCCGAGUCAGGCACGCAGCUGGCCAUGGGCCUCACAUGCGACUCGCCACCAUGCAACUCGAGUGUGCCAACACGCAUGGCGAUCACAGCCCUCCCGGACAACACGGGCAGCGAGUUGAGGGUGGAGGCGGCGGACCGGCCGGGGCUGCUGAUGGAGAUCGUGGAUGUGCUCACAGGGAUGUCCGUCAGCGUGACAUCAGCAGAGAUCGACACCGAGGGCGUGGUGGCGAAGGAUGUGUUCACGGUGUCGUACCAUGGGGGGCCACUGGAUGAUGAGAUGACUAUGGGCUCUCAAGCGCAAUCCCUCAGUUUCCAAGUCUCCUCCUUCAAUCGUCUCUCUUUUCUCCUCUAA